AUACACACCAUUGCUGGAACCAAAGCCAUAAUUUGCAAACGCAAAAAAGAAAAACAACAAAAGGGAAAAAAAGAAGGAGGGCCUCUCGCCCUCUCUAACUUAUUCAUGCUUUCUCUUGGAUCUUAGAUUCCCAUCAAUUUUCCUCUUCUGGGUUGUCUUCAUUUGAAUGGAAAUGGACCCUGGCAGUGGCAAGCUUUUCAUUGGAGGGAUUUCAUGGGACACAAAUGAAGACCGACUCAGACAAUAUUUCCAGGGGUUUGGUGAUGUCGUGGAAGCCGUGAUCAUGAAGGAUCGGACCACCGGGCGUGCCCGUGGCUUCGGCUUUGUUGUUUUUGCUGAUGCUUCUGUUGCUGAACGAGUUGUUAUGGAGAAACAUGUCAUUGAUGGAAGAACUGUUGAAGCAAAAAAAGCUGUCCCCAGAGAUGACCAGAAUGUUUUGAACAAAAGCAACAGCAGUAAUCACAGUUCACCUGGUCCUACUCCAUCCCGUACGAAGAAGAUAUUUGUCGGAGGUCUAGCAUCCACGGUUACUGAGAGCGACUUCAAGAAGUACUUUGAUCAAUUUGGAACAAUUACAGACGUGGUUGUGAUGUAUGAUCAUAACACCCAAAGGCCCAGAGGUUUUGGAUUCAUCACCUAUGAUUCGGAGGAAGCAGUUGAGAAAGUUCUAUACAAAUCUUUCCAUGAAUUGAAUGGUAAAAUGGUUGAGGUUAAGAGGGCUGUACCAAAGGAAUUAUCUCCAAGUCCAAGCAGAGGCCAGUUAGGUGGAUAUAGUUAUGGUCUUAGUAGAGUUAGUAGCUGCCCCAAUGGUUUCAUUCAGGGAUUUAAUGCAAGUGUAGUUGGAAGGAAUGGACUUAAAUUAGAUGGAAGAUCGAAUGCUGUUGCUGCUGGCCAUAGUGAAUAUCCUCUUUUCGGCCAUAGUUAUGGAACAGGACUCAACUUUGAGCCACCAUUGACCCAAAAUGGAACUUCAAACUUUACUUCUACCUUCAUAGGGCGAACAAUGAACUCUUCGUUCGGUGGUAGUCCAAGCAGGUACAGCAAUGCCAUAGGUUAUGCUGGUGCAAAUGUAGGCAAUAAUUCGGCCAUGAGUUCUACAAGUCAGAACUUGUGGGGAAAUGGGAAUCUUAACUAUGCAUCUAACCUUACAAAUUCUGAUUCUCUUUCUGGUUAUCGGAACGAAAAUUCAAGCAUGGCUUCUUUUGGUAGUAUAGGACCACUUUGGAGUUCCUCCCUUGGAACAGAUCAAACUGGAAUUAUCGGCUCCGGAUAUGGUAAGGGCAGUCUAAGUAGCUCUGGAGAUGUGAAUUUAGGGUCGAAAACAGUAGGUUAUGGAAAAAAUAGCGAUAACAUUGUUACGUCAGGUUCUUCAUAUUCCUUACCAAAUGCCAGUUAUGAUGAGUCAUACAAUGUUGCUUAUGAUGCUGGGUCAUUUUACGGGGACAGUAUGUGGAGAACAUCCCCUUCAGAAUUAGAGGAUUCCGGCUCUCUUGGCUUUGGCAUUGACCAUGCUGUUUCAGGCUUAAUGCGCAAAAGCUCUGGCAGUCACAUUGGAGCUUAUGCUGUUGCCAACACUCAACCAAAUAGAGGAAUUGUUGCCUAGGAAGGUUACACCAAGAAGUUUAAAGAUUUCAGUGAAUUAUGUCUGGUGCAGAAGGCAAAUGAAUUUGGAAAAGCUUAAAAAUUAGUGCUUCUAAAAAAAUCCAUAGAGCUUAGUUGGUUGCAAAUGUUGAAUAGCUUGCAAAAUACAUACAGCACUUAACAAAGGGCUUGAGUGAAACAUAGGUUUUUUCUUUUUCUUUGGGAUUUUGAGAGAGACUUGUAAUCAGCAUUCAGCAGCAGGUUAUGGAGUUUGUCAAGAAUGUUCAUAUGGCAGUCACAGAGCAGCACACACAAAAAAACAAACAGGCCUACUUUACCAUUAUUGCAUAGUGUCUUUCUAUUUCUUUCUCUUUUUCAGUGUGAUGAUCUCUCACAGUUUAUAAGAGAUACAGGGUUGAUUUGUCUGUGGAUUAUUGAAUUUUAUUAUCAAGGGAUUUUCAUCUGAGUUCACUUAAUAAUAAUUGAUUCAUCUACUACCCAUUUUUUUUUAAA